UGACGUUACGGUAGACGCCAUGCAAAACAUCUAUAGACCAAAGAUAUAAUCAAAAUUUAUAAAAAUAAAAUCAACAAGAAUGGAGUUCAAUUUUGAAGAUGGUGAACGCAUUGUGAAGUCACUUACAAGAAAAGUUAUGUCAGCCUUGGGGAAAUUCAGUGUAUCUCCGAAGAAGUCCGAGAAUGCACGAGCUGCGAAAAAUGUGAUGGCGUUUACGAAUGACAUCACCGCGGAAGAUGAAGAAAGCUUCGCAAUAGUGUACGAAUCAAUACCAUACAAGAGCUGUGAAACUACAACAGAAAAGUUAUUUGGUAAAGUAAAAAGGUCGGUUGAAUUGAAAAAUGUUCCUAAGCAAGACAACAUUUGCUGUAAGAAAACUACAAAACACUCGCCUACAUGUUCAAAUUAUUCAACACGUAAACUAUUAGAUGAGACAGUAAACAAAUCACACGAUUUAAAUGUCAGCUCUGAAUCCUUGAGUUCAUCUUCAAGUUACAGCAUGUGUUUUCUUAACAAAUCCAGGGCUAAACUAUUGGAAACAGGUCUCGGACUUAGCGAAAGCCUCCGUAAACUAUAUCUAAAUUGUUCGUCGGAUUCACAGAAUUCUAUGGCAUCAUCAUACCAGAGACCGUUGACAAAAGGUUCUUACAACAAAUAUUCUUCUGUAAGAGACGUGUCACAAUCAUACAAUCAGUCUGAAAUAUUCCGGGUCGGAUCUGACACCGAAAGUAGUACAUCGCUUCCAAGUUUUAACUUAAGUAGCUGUAGUGCAGAUAGCUAUCAGGGAUCAGUGAACAUACGGUACGAUACUUCAUCAGAUGACACGUCAUUUAUGAGUGACAUAAAGAACCCUGGGCCCCAAAAUUUGCCAUCCUUUGAUGAAAAAUCCUGUACCAGCGAACUGAACGAAACCGAGUCCCCUACCACGAGACUAUCGUGCUUUCGAGAUCAGUUCAGUAUCAGCGAUUUGAAUGAGCCCGAGGCUCCGCAUAUUACGAGCUCAUUUACUGAGGAAUUUAAACACGACAUCGAAUAUCUCGCAAAAAGUACUUUCAGAACGUCAACUCCGGAUCCAGAGACACGACUGGCUGCGGAAAGUUCCACAACACGGACAUCAUCUAGAGUAGAUACAAGCGAAUCGAGUAGAAAUUUCUCAGCGAAGUCAUUCAUGUCGGUCACUGAUUCUUCAGCGUUAGUCUCAAGGAAACGCUUUGUGCACGGGCUUUCGCCUUUGUGCGGCGCAAGAUCGUCUGCACGUGAUGGCAUUUCUAGUUCACGAGCACAUGUUCGUCGCAGUUUAGCUUUCCUUUCUCCCUGUAAGCAUACUGUUAAUAUAGCUCCAAAAUCUGAAAGCGGAAAGGGUACAAACUUUUCUGUAGAAAGCAAAACUCAGUCUCAGUCGGCGAACAUUACCCCAGAUCUACUAAAUUUUCAACAUGAUACUUUUAGUAGAGACUCAGUUUUGCCUAAAAUCAUGUUCCAAGAUGAAACAGAGGAAGCAGUGUAUUAUCUUAUAACAAAAUAUUUAGACAACAGUCAGUGCAGAUGGUGAAAUAAUAUAAGUA